AUGGGUUGGUUCGAUGGUCGAUCAUCUGUGUCGUCGGCGGGCUAUGUGCGCCGUCGGUCGCCGACACGCCCCAAGUCAGGCUACUCAACUCAUCAUUCGCGACACUCUGCGCCAUCCUUCUUCGGUGGUCUGGGUGGAGGUCGAACAGGAGGACGCUCAAGCCCAUCGGUCUUCUCAUCUUUCUCGUCAUCUUCGUCGCGACGAGCCCGGCCUCGGGAGGGAUUCGUCCAGCGCAUGAUUCGCGAUAUCAAGCGCCUGUUCCGUGAUAUUGCUCGCUAUGCCCGUCGUAACCCCAUGAAGGUCUUCAUGAUGGUCAUCCUGCCUCUUCUGACUAGCGGUGUUCUGCCCAAACUGCUGGCUAUGAUCGGAAUUCGCUUGCCCCAUGCAGUCAUUAGUGCACUAGGCGGCAGUGCGGCGCAUUCUUCCCGCGGACUCGAGGAGGGCGCUGGCAGAGGUAUUGGGGAGAACAUCAGUAGCCUCAUGAACAUUGCUAAGAUGUUUGCUUAA